CGGAAAACCGCUCAUUUUCGUGGUGGGUUACCGGGUGUUCUCAGCCGGGAUUAGGGUGACGCCCUCGGGCUCCCCCGGCACGUGGGUCCGGCGAGAGUCAAGCAGCAUGGACUUCCCCAGCCCCCUCCGCCCCACGCUGUUUGUGACCGGCCCCCUGGGUCUGAGUGACGGCCCUGACCUGUCCUUCAUGUGCAGCUGGAGAGACGCCCUGACCCUGCCCGAGCCGCGGUCCCACAGCGCCAAGAAGGGGGCUCGGCACCCGGCCCAGGACCUGCUGUGGGAGCCAGCCACCCCUGGGCCGCUCCCCCUGCUGCCUCCUGGCCCUGACCCCUGGGACCCUGGGGUGACCGCCCAGGACCUGCUCUUCCGUGGAGGUUACCGGUACCGGAGGCGGCCCCGAGUCGUGCUGGAUACUUCUGAGCAGCUCAGCCAGUUCCUGUGGGACCAUGGGGACAUCGCCUUUGCACCCUUGGGGAAGCUGAUGCUGGAGAACUUCAAACUGGAGGGAGCACGGAGUCGCUCUAAGAAGAAGACAGUGGUCAGUGUGAAGAGCCUGCUGCAGGACCUCGGUGGACACCAGCCCUGGGGGUGUCCCUGGGCUUACCUCAGCCACCGGCAGCGCCGGUUCUCCAUCCUCGGGGACCCUGUCCUGGGCCAGUCGGUGGUGAGCCUCCUCGGGGAGCUGCUGCAGCAGGAGCUGGCCGCACGGUGGGAGCAGCUGCUCCUGGACGAGGCCUUCACCGGGGGCGCAUUAGCCUGGGUGCCUGGAAGGACGCCCCAGAGCGGGCAGCUCAUCUACCCUGCUGGAGGCGCCCUGGACAGGCUGCAUUUGCAGGAGGUCGUUCUGACUCCAGCUGGCACCCCUGAAGUCCUUGGGGUCCCUGGAUGCAUCCAGCUCCGGGGACCUGUCCGGCAGGUGGUGACCGGCACCGUCCAGGGAGAAUCUCUGCUGGCCGUCCGCUCCGACUACCACUGUGCCGUGUGGAAGGUCGGUAAGCAGGGGCAGCCGGCCCCUCUGCAGGUGCUGCAGGUGGAGAAGGGGGCCACCGGGAUCAGCCUCAGCCCUCACCUGCCCGGGGAGCUGGCCGUCUGUAGCCGUUCGGGAGCCAUCUGUCUGUGGACCCCCCAGGAUGGGCUGCAGCACGUCCACAAGGACCCCGAGACGCUUGUGUUCCGGGACCCCUCCCCCUGGCGUUGGGCAGACUUCACGGCCCACCCCCGGGUGCUGACGGUGGCCGACCGCACUGGGGUGAAGAUGAUCGACACCCAGGGCCAGCCGGGCUGUGGGCUGCUGCUCUUCCGUGGAGGUGCAGAGGCUUCGUGCCAGAAAGGGGAGCGCGUCCUGCUCGCCCAGUACCUGGGGCAGUCUGGCCCUGCGUCGCUCCCUCCCACACUCCACCUCGUCUGUACCCAGUUCUCUCUCUACCUGGUGGACGAGCGCCUUCCCCUGGUGCCCAUGCUGAAGUGGGAUCAUGGCCUGCCCUCCCCACCCCUGCUGGCCCGGCUGCUGCCUCCACCUCUGAGUGGUGGCCCUUGGCCCCUGCUGCUGGGAGGCCAGGGCGGACAGCUACAGCUGCUGCACAUCGCAGGAGAGGUGGCCUCCACACCCCGGCUGGCAGGGCCCCCCCAGUCUCUUCCGUCCAGGACCGACUCCCUCUCCGCUUUUCCCGUGCUGGAGCCCAAGAGCCAGCAGCGUCUACAGGAGCGGCUGAGUGCGCCGACCAUAGGCCUGGCCAGUACCAUCCCACCCUCAGCUUCCACGCCAGUCCUGUCCAUCUUCCACCUGUCAGCCGCUGGGGACAUCUUCUACCAGCACUUCCACCUCCGGGCAGACCCUAGCCUUCUGCACAGAGACCCUGGGUCUGACUGCCAUGCCCCCACAAUGACAGCGCCCUCACUGGACAAGACACCCACACCCCCCACAGCUUCCUGGACCCCCCAGGCCACCGCUCUCUGUAGCCAGUGGCUGACAGCCCUGAUGGAGGUACCCUCGGCACCCCGGGCGUGGGCUGCACCCACCUUUUCCCACCGCCACCUGCUGGGCAGCCUGGAGCCCCACGGCGUCCAGGGGACUGUGCCUGAGGCCCUCCGGGCGGCCAUGGCUGCGGGGCGGCUGCUGCGGCAGAGGGACCUGGGCUCGCUCCCCAGGGCAGAGCCGCCUCCCGCCCCAGAGUCAGGUCCAGAGGAUGAGCUCACCGAGCGUCUGGGGGAAGCCUGGGAAGGCCGAGGGGCUGCCUGGUGGGCCAGGCAGCUGGGCAGGGCCUCGGCGUCCGGGAAGCAGUCCAAGCGGCCCAAGCGCCGCACUCAGCUGUCCAGCACCUUCUCCUCACUCAGCAGCCGCCCGGAGCUCUCGGAUGCCAUCAGCCCCCCUCCCAGCCCAGAUCGAGCACCUGAGGCCAGGCCUCAGCCCCCAGCAACACCGCCCUCCCAGGAGUUGACUCAGGAGCCAUGGGCCGAGGGUGUCCCCUCAGAGCGCCAGCAGACCCUUCGGGACUACAUGGCCAACCUGCCACUCCGAAGGGACACCACAGGACAUGUUGCCACACCCCCCUCCCAGGCUUCCAGCAUCCCAGCCACCCCUUCCCAGCAGCAGGCCGAGGACCACAUGGCCAAGCUGCCACUCCAAGGGGAUACCCUGGGACAUGCUGCCACACCCCCUUCCCAGGCCUCUAGUGCCCGGGCCACCCACUCUCAGCAGCGAGCGCCCGUCCUCUCUGGCUCUCAGCCCCGUCGGAAGAAGCCUCGCAUGGGCUUCUGAGGGCUCCGGGAAGGGUGUUCUCACUGCAGGGAGCCCUCCUUCACCUGGACCAGCUGUGCCUUCCAUGGUGGAGAGCCAGGAAAUGAGGUGGUGUCCAGGGCGCAGGCUGUCCACCUCCCGAUGGCCACUGUUUUCAUGAGGCCCAGAGUGGUCAGGAGCCAUGUGGUGGGGGUUGACUGCAGGAUCUGCCGUCCAAUGUUACACACCUGCCCGUGGGCAGGUCCGGGGGACCGGCAAGGUGCUGGCAGGCCUGCCUGGAGUACCGUUUGCUGGGACUCCCCCAGGAGACAGUGCAGGAAACGGCCCCACUGUGCCUUAGCUGGUGGUCUGGGCACGUCCCCUGCUCAGGCCUCCCAGUGCUUAUGCACAACGGACAGCAAGACUAGCUUGUUUGGAACCCUGCCUUGGCGUGGCCACAGUGGGAGUCGCUUUGGGUGGCAUGUGUGAGAGUCUGUUAUGAUCUGGUAUUCUAGUGGACCUGGACCUGGGCUCAGGGGCUGAAUAAACCUGCCAGCUGGGCAUGGGUUGGCAUUUCAGAUGGA